CCCACCCCUUCUGCCAACAUGAUAAGUGCUGGCAAAGAGACGAGCCUUUCGAAUUCAUGGAUAAAAAACCAAAAGAGAGGUAACUUCACAAGACUCAGGAAAGUUUUGACAGAGACAGCAGCUGCUGCUGCUGUGGAGUUUUUUGUCCCGUCCAUGAGCUACUAAAAAAAAAAAAAAAGAAAGAAAGAAAAAAGCUGAGCUGAGGGCGCACGGUACGCUGCACAAUCCCAACAAGGACGCUGAAGAUACACUUCCCAGAGAAAGAGAGUGAGAGAGACUGAGAUAGAGAUCCUAUCUCACUCUCAGCUGAGGUCCUCGGAAGAUCGUGUCUAUCGUCUCGAAACUGCAGGACCAUGUCUAGUAAAGCAACUUUAGCACUGCUCAUCUAUGGAAUCAUAAUGCAUCACAGCAUCAACUGCUCGCCUGUAGGAAUAAGCUUUCCAAGCAUAAGACUUGACAGUGAGCUUUAUGAUGAGGGUGGCAACUCCUUGCCCUCCCUGGAUUAUGAUGGAGAUCAGUUGGAAGUGAGAAGCCCCUCUUCUGUCGCAGAUGAUGUCUUCACCAUGUUCUACCCAUCAGAGAAAAGUGGGGGCAAAACGCUGGACGACAGCUCGGAGCCCCUCUCCAAGCGACACUCAGACGGGAUCUUCACAGACAGCUACAGCCGCUACAGGAAGCAAAUGGCUGUCAAGAAAUACCUGGCGGCGGUCCUGGGGAAAAGCCUUGAAGACAUAGGUAUUCAACAUAUCCUACAAGCGAUAGACUUUGACGCCCUCCCGGACGGGGAUGAGCUUGACGCUUUUUUGGGAGACUGGCUGAAACAGUUUUCUCCCGAAUUUGCGGUGAGUUUCCGGCUCUUUCCCGAAACUGGGAUUUCUCAAGUCCCUCCUUCUUUUUUUUUCUUUGUUCUAUUCUUUUUUCUCACUUUGUGAGGUUGUUUUAGACUCUCGAAUCAAACUCUCCUUUCACCUCAUCUGUGCUUUUGGCUCACAGACAACAGGAACGCAGGUUGCUAAUGAUGAUGACUGAGAAAAGGAAAUUGGUCAAUCUGACGUAACCUUUGAGGUUAAAGUGGCAGGUUAGACUUUUUUAAAGAGAGGUAAUUUAAAGAUACUAUCUACCUGUAGUGGAAAGAUGCUGCACAAUAGUGAGUUUGUAGGAAAGUUAAUAUAUCCUCUGAGCAGUAGAAGGAUAUAUUGUGUUAAUAAUAGCUACAUUAACACAGAUAUUUUGCAAAACAGAAACUGGUGCAUUUGCACAUCACGUCCACUCGCAUAUGAAGUUUUGCCAAAGGAAAAAAAAAAGUUAACUUUGAGAAAUAUUUUCUAAAAUGAAUACUUGAGAUAUUUAUGUGGGUGCUAGGUAUCUGAGUGUAGCAGACAUGAUAAUGUAGUUGCCCCGGCCACCUUUGUUUCUGUUUUUGUACUAGAUACUACAACAAAAAUGAGGCAUAUUUGAAUGUCUUUCCACAUCUGCUUCACAUUAUAAUUGAGGGGGAAUUAUUGUUAAUGAAAACAGUAGCUGUGGCUGUUUUAGGAUAAAUCUGUUGCCUAACACAGCUUUGGCCAUGCUUAGGAUAUUUUCCUUUGGAAAUUUGACGUAUUGUUGACGUUACUGCCACCUGUUGGCAGAGCAUAGGUUUUGCAAGGUUGCUAAUUGUGGAGACAGUGCAGAUGUGAAUGUGAUCAAAAACACAGGAGAAAGAGUACAUGUAGUUGUGUAGCUAAACUGAAGUUUACAGAGACCCAAGUAAAGAAAAUAGCCCAAGCUAAAGGCCCUAUACAUUUUUUUUGUUGAGCUGACUUGCUUUUCAGUCCUGAUCUAGUUUGAAAUCUUUGAGAAUGUUGAUAUGGUGCAUACUAGGUUUUAGUGUAUUUACUUUGUUGCUUAUUUAAUUCACAUCUCGUAACACUUCCAACAAUCUGCUAAUUUGAAAAUACAGAAUCCCAAUUUCAAUAAGAUUAGAUUCACUUACCAACUAAUAUUUCCUCUAAUUAAAGUAUAUUGAUCAAUCUGAGUAUCACACAGCCAGUGAAAAGUGGAACCUUUUCCCUAAAAACAUGUUCUCCAGACACCAAAAGUAUUGUUGUGUUCUCUUACUACAUGGAAAUUGUAUUAUUCAUAAUUUCUGGUUGUAAAUACAACACCACCUCCUGAAAUCAGAAUUCUUUAGUAUCCAAAGUGGCCUCUGUUCAUAUAAAACCUAGUAAAAGUUACAGGUAAAAACUACUUAUCAGCACUCAUGAGGUUUUGCAUGUUAUUAUUCCAGUGACACACAUAGUGCUGACAGAAAGCAGGCUCUUUUAGUGUUCAAACGUAUGAAAUACAGAGAAAUUUCUUGCUACUGGCUGCUACAUGUAGGAUUAAGAAGCCUACAUGUAGCUUCUUAAUUUGACUAGAUGAGGACCUUUUACAGUGACCUGGAGAAAAGAAGCUAAAAUAAGAGGAACAUAGGCUUCCCUUCACACUUUAUAGUUUGAUUCAUUGCAAUAUGAUACAUUAAAAUGAUGCAAAUGAAUGACCAUUAGCAACUAAAUGAGGAGUAAUUCUUUUUAAGAUUCAUAUUUCACUAGAAAGUCUUUAAUUAUAAUUCUUAUGUGCCUUAGUGAAAGUGAAUAUUAUAAACCUUCAGUAUUAUCCAAUCACUCUCCUACAUAUCAACCUUGAGAUCAAAUGCCAUAGGAAGAUAUAGCAGCAUCGCCUUCUUAUGAAUUUGACUUGUAGUAUAUAAUAUUUUGAUCACUGUCUAAACUAGCUCCAAUGACUGGUUAAAAAAUUCAACCACCCUGCAGAUCUCAUGCAUUACAUGCACCAUAAAUAUGUCUGUCUGCUACUCAGAUAUCACUAAAAAGACCCAAUAUUAACAAUACUUAAUCUCAUAACAUCACGCAAAAGCUCUGCCUGCACUGAAUGCUCAUCACAGCAAAAAUACUUUUCCCUCUAACCUAUUCCACAACCCUGAUCCCAAUGCACAUGCACUGUUCAUAUUGGGACAAUCAAAACUGGCACAUAUAUUUCAAAAUCUUGAUGCUCCAAAAAUCUGCUUGAUUUCCUCACACCGUGACCCAUGUAAUUAAAGUUUUUUAUGCCAACUACAUGCAUGUACGGUAAAAACAACAAACAAAAAACAAACAAACAUGUUAAACCAAUUAGAAGAAAUACAUUAUGCAUAAUAAAUACAUAAAUGAGAAAAUACAAACAAAUAAUCAAAUUAAAGUGAUGCAAAAACUGAUCUUACAGUUAAAAUAACAGUGAAGUAUCUCAGCUUUGGUGAGAAUUUAAAAAAAUGACAAUAACUUUACAAAUGACAGCGCAAUAAGAGCCUUACAGGUCUUCAUUUACAAAGGUAGCUAAGUUAAGAUUUUUUUCUUUUUACUUUUGCAAAUUUCGCCUUUAGUUUUCAUCUAAACAUAAUUUAAUCAAGCAUUAUUAUUGUGUUGUGUCUGAGAAUUGGCACACAUUAAUUAAUCCACUUUAUAUUAAACAUAGAAGGUUAUCAGUAAAUAUAGUGUUGAAUCACCAGGUGUGAACAUUUUUAGAGUGUUUUAAUGAGGUAAAAUUAAUUAAAUCCCUGCCCCUUUGACAGUUUGUAUUAAGUUUCUACUGCUCUUUGGAUUUGUUAAAUUUUCUACAAAUUCAUAAAGAUAUGAUACCUUUCUGCCUCAGACAAAUAAACAUAUGACUAUUUGUAAGUUUACAGUACCUCACUGAAAUGAGUCCAUGUCCCGUUAGAUUCAGAUGAUUUCCAAAAGUAGAAAUGAUCAGAUUUGAGAGGAGGAACAGAGAAUUCGUUUUUACUUUUUCCUAUUUUUUUCCUCCCACUUCAGCAAUGUUUACAAAGAGAUCCUCCACUUUGACCCAUGUAAACUGCCAAUGCUUUGUAUCUACCAACUUCAAUCCAAUGUGUUUGGAGAUUUUCUCUUGUCUCUUUGUCCAUAUAAUAAGUCUCAAUGACAUUUCAAGCAUACAAAUCCCCAAAACAAACAAUACUUAUUACAUGGUUUUCUCCAUCAGUUUGUUCUGUGUAAAGGACAUACAAAGUGGUUUGAACUCUGGAUCUAUUGUGCUUCCCUAUUUUCUGUCAUGUGAACAGCUGUACAAACUCCAAGCAGACUGCAUGAUUAAAGUAAUUGCACCAGCUCAUUGCAUCUGUGCAGACAACUACAUGGUUUUGCUUGCUUUCUGACUUCUGCGUACAUACAUAUCUACCAUUGCUGGAUAUUUUGUGCUCUGUUCUUCUCACUUACUCUUCUAAACAAGUAGUGUGUUGCACCUUGUUUUGAUUGUACUUUAUUGAUGCUUAAUCUGCUGGAAUCUAUUAAAGCCUAUUAUUACUUUUUAAAGAUACUUUCAAAUAAGCAUCUUAUGAUAUCUGCCUGCAAAUAGAGGCACAAAAGCUGCCAUAAGUGAUGACAUAUUAAGGACAGAAAGCACAUAAACUGAGGGGAAGCAGGCAAUAUAUCUGCUGAUUUUCAGGCAAAGUUAACCAAACCAUUACUCACUUCCAGGUGAGUUAAUCUGAAACAUGCCCAAAAGUACAUUUAUUUCAGGAAUUCAAUACAAAAUGUCAGUUUCAAGUAUUAGAUAUUGUAGAUUCAUUACACAUGGAGUGACAUAUUUCUUUUCGGGUUUGAUGAAAAUCUAAUGAAAAAAAAAAAGCAUUUAGACUAAAUUAAUUUUAAAAAAAGCUAGUUGUCCAGCAGAUAAUCAUUACUAUGCAGCUCAAAUAGGGCAAGCCACAAAGAAGCCUCCUAUUUAAAACGUUCUGCAGGCAAGUCUACAAGAGAAAGUUGAGUGGAAGAAAAACGUACAUUAGAAAGAGGUGCACAACCAACAGAGAUUAUGCUGCACAGAAUGGCUAUGUAUAAUAAUGGAUUUCAUUUCGUCUGUACUGUAGGUUCUGGUGUCCUUAUUCCUCCUAUUGAUAGUGCUAGAUUCAGAAUUGGAUUGUUGCAGUUUCAAAGUGUGUCACAAUCAUCCCAUGGUUGUAGUCAUCCUACUACUACUUGUGCAUUUUCUUCUAGCACAAUUUUCUCUUCCACUCAUCUUUCCUUAAAUGUGAGAACAAGCAUCUUCUCCAGUGGUUUAUCUUCAUUUUAGGUGCCAAUGAUUGCUUGCUGAACAACUGCCAAGUCGUUGCUUUUCACUUUGAUUGUGUCUUCUAUAACCUUGCAUUUCUCUGUUAAAAGUUUAAUGUAAUGUUGAAUUUUUUUUUAAAUAUUGAGUUUGGGGAUUUUAUAUCAUGCAUGCUUAAAUCAAAAUAUACAGAAACUUUUCAAGAUGUAUCACUUAAUGUGUAAUGAACCUGGAGAGCAUAUGACAAAAUUUUUAAAUUGAAUUUCUGAAAGAAAUCACCUCAUUGACAAUGUUCUAAUUCAUUAAUUUCCUGUAUGAGGAAUAAAAAGAGAACAGGAUUAAAGUUGUUCCAUCCCUCUGUUACUGUAUCAAUUUUUCUUUACAGGCUUUGUGACGCAGCGGAGCAGUUUGCAGCUGUGGUGCCUUGCAUCGACUAUAACAAAAAAAAAAGAAAAAGGAAAAAAAAAAAAAACAAUAAAAAAAUGCCAUGAAUCAUGGAUGGCUAUUUAGUGGCCCUACAAUGCUGCACAUCUUUGGCGCACACUUCAUCACAAAUUUUUUUGUCAUUUUCGUCUCUGUGUUUGAUAGGAUCUUUAACUGCUUAGACAUCAAUUCCUAUUGCACUGCUUCUUGUUUGGCACUUUGUUUUAGAGCUCUAUGUUUUUGUGAAAACAGCGGGGGAGGGGGAAGGUGGCAGCUCCCCGAAGAAAUAUGACAUGUAUGAUAAUGAAAGCGCCAAUAGCCUUACAAAAAUGAAUUAUUCUUCAGAGAUACAUACAUAUAUAUAUAUAUAUAUUUACUGUGUGGAAAGUGAAUAUUAGAUUACUAUAAAGUUUGAGUCAAUAAAUGUCUGAAAAAAAAGGUGUUGUACGAUUUGUAUGAAUAAAUUUUUGUAAACAACAAA